UUGAAGGCUUCAGUUUAAUGAAUUAUCGGUAGUAGGAAACACAAUUAAUCUUCUUACGGAUCUAAUGUUUGUAUUUCGAGGCAAGCAAUAAGCCUCCAACCGUCAUGGAGCAGUUACCUCUCCAGCCUUCACACUGCUGCCCCGAUGCCUCGAGGAGCACCUGUCGUCCCGGCAUCCUUUGCGUGUCCAAUAUGGAAGAACUGGUGGUGGAGGUCCGUGGCUCCAACGGGGCUUAUUACAAGGGCGUUGUCAAAGAUAUCCACGAUGACUCUCUCACCAUUGCCUUUGAGAACAAUUGGCAGCCAGAGCGCCAGGUGCCCUUCAAUGAUGUCAGGAUGCCACCGCCCGCUGAUGGCAAGAAGGACAUUGGAGAGGAUGAGGAGGUGGAGAUCCUCUCCAAAGCCAAUGAUCAGGAGCCAUGUGGUUGGUGGCUCGCUAAAGUCCGCAUGAUGAAGGGAGCUUUCUAUGUGAUAGAGUAUGCAGCCUGCGACGCCACCUACAAUGAGAUAGUGACCUUUGAGCGUCUGCGUCCAGUCAACCCUAACAAGGCCAUCACCAAGAACUCCUUUCACAAGUGCACUGUCCCUGUUCCUCAAGAUCUACAAGAAGCGUGCCAGAGUGAGAAUGCCCAUAAAGAGUUUAAGAAAGCCGUGGGAGCCUGUCGCAUCUCAUACUGCCCUGAGACAAGCCAACUACUGAUUGUGUCCACCAAUGAGGCGACCGUGAAGCGUGUUUCUUUGCUGAGUGACAUGCACCUGCGCAGCAUCAGGACCAAGCUGCUGCUAAUGUCACGCAACCAUGAGGCCACAAAACACCUGGAGAGCUCCAGGCAGCUGGUGUCGUCCUUCCAGGAGGAGUUUAUGGUGAGAACCGAUCUGAUGGGCCUGGCCAUCGGCAGCCACGGCAACAACAUUCAGCAAGCACGGAAAGUUCCAGGUGUCACUGCUAUUGACCUUGAUGAAGAGACUGGCACCUUCAGGAUUUAUGGAGAGACAGCGGAGGCAGUGAAGAAGGCCAGGAACUACCUGGAGUUUUUGGAGGACUCUGUUGAGGUGCCCAGGGCCCUCGUUGGCAAAGUAAUCGGUAAGAACGGUAAGGUCAUCCAGGAGAUUGUGGACAAGUCCGGUGUCGUGAGGGUCAGGAUAGAAGGAGACAAAGACAACAAGCAGCCCCGACAGGAAUUGACACAGGGGAUGGUCCCCUUCACCUUCGUCGGUACGAAGGAGAGUAUUGGCAAUGUUCAGGUCUUGUUGGAGUACCACAUCUCUUACCUUAAUGACAUGAUGGAGCUUCUUGCAGAAGGCCAGCAGCUCGAGGAAGAGCUGAGGCAGAUUGUGGAUUAUACACAGGGAAGCAGCCUAGCGAGAUUCAGAAUAUGCAACACAAGGCACACUGGAUGUGAUGUAGAUGAAGUUGAGGAGCUUCGUCUGGAGAGAAUGCAGAUUGAUGAACAGUUGCGUCAGAUCACCCAGGUCCAUCGCUCAGGUGACAGAGAGAGAGGAGAGAGAGGGGAAAGAGGAGCAGGAGGAGGAGGAGAACGAGGAGCAGGAGGAGGAGGAGGAGGAGGGGAAAGAGGAGGGUAUAACACAGAUGGCAGUGCCAAUGCCGCCUCCUCCUCUUUACAUGGCAGUCGCUCCUACAACGGUCGGGGGCGUGGGCGCAGAGGCCAUGGCUACAGCACUGGAUAUGGUACCAACUCGGAGCAGUCCAACGCCUCUGAGACGGAUUCAGAGCGCAGGGAUGAGCUCAGUGAUUGGUCCCUUGCUGGAGAAGACCAGGACAGGGAGCGCGAGAGAGGCUCACGACCACAAAGAGAUGCCCGCAGGAGGCCUGGACCCGGCAGAGGGCGAGGAGGGCCUGGAGGACGGGGGAGAGGAGGAAGAGGAGGAGGAGGAUACAGCAACAACUCUGCAGGGCCUCGGGACCAUGAGGACAACCAGGCCUACGGUGCCACGGAGACCGACCAGACAGCUGAUACAGAUGCCAGCGAGUCCAACUUGCCUGCAAACCGACGCAGAAGAUCUCGACGGCGCAGAACCGACGAAGACGCCACACUGAUGGAUGGCAUGAGCGAGUCGGACAACGCCUCAAUGAGUGAAAAUGGAGUCGAUGACGCAGAAGCUAAACCUCAGCGUCGUAACCGUAGUCGACGUCGACACAUUCGCCUGCCUGAGGAGAGGCAGCCAGUGACGGUGGCUGACUACAUCUCCCGGGCUGAUUCUCAGAGCAGACAGAUGCCGACCACGAAGGACUCCAAGAAAAACAAGGAUGUGGGUCAGGUGGACGCCAUCGCUGAGGACAGCCCACCAUCUGCGCCGGCAACCACCAACGGCUCAAACAAUGAUGCCGACACGGAGAGCAGCAAUGCCACCGGAGCUCCCGCCAAAGUCUCCUACCAGGGGGACUCUAACCCACAACCUGUUGUUAAUGGACUCUCCUAGUCAGACAUGAGCAAAGGAAAUGGUUUCAAAUAUUAAAAAUUCUUUGGCUGCACUUGAUUUAAUCUCCCUGUCUCUGGGGCAGCCUUGAAAUUGAAACAUUUAAAUGCAACAAGCACUGUUCUUCUUUUACUUUACAAGUAUUUGAAACCUGUUUCACUGCGCAAGUUUUAGACAUCUGAACCUUAACCUCCACUUUACACACGUGUUAUGUCCAACUAUUCAAUUUACUAAAGUUUUUUUUUUUUUACAAAAGUUCUUCCUGUAUGAGCUUGCCAAAGAUAGCCAAACACACAGACUUACAGACAUCUACUGAACUGUACGUUUCGGUCCACUCUUCAUUGAGAGCUCAGGGAGAGGUCGGACUGAAUGCAGUACGUGCAGACAGGGAAUCAACUCAAACCCAAACUUUUUUAUCAGUAAAAAAGAAAUACUAUCAUAGCAGGAUUUUAGAUCAGAAACAUGUCUGCCUUUUACAAAGGUGGACUCGGAAAGAUGCUUCCACAACCUUUUUCAGGAUGUUUUGUGCAUCUGAAGUAGUUUGUACAUUCAAUAUUCUGCAUGAGCAGUACCACAGUGCAGAUCGGUUUGUUGGAAACCCAAGUAUGUUUGACAUACAUGUGAUCAUCUGUUGUGCCUUGAGAGUAGAUUCAACAUGUUGUUGCCUGGCUCUGCACACCAUCUGGAAUUGUUUCACUUGUUUCUGUGUUACACGGUCACCCUCAGAUGAGCUGUCUCCUUGUGCUUAAUGUGCCCUCAUGGCACUGUAGGCAGGUGCAGACAAACACUGAAAGGAUUUCAGAGGCAUAUCUUUUUAAAAUCAGGUGUGUCUAUUCUUAAUGUUUGCGGGGAGAAUGAGUCCAGUUAUCCUUUAUAUAUCUAUAUCUCUCUCUGUUGAGGAGUUUGACAUUAGCUGCUUUCUGUUUUUUCAAUAUGCAACCACUUUGGUCAUACAAGAAAUGUUAUUACAGCGUGUCUGGAAAAGAAACAAACAAGAGGAUUUUUUUUUUUUUAUUGCACUGAAACAUAACCUUUUUCCGUUUAAAAGUUGUAGUCGAGUCUGGAAAGAGAUGUAGCCAUCAAGUGUUGGGUUUCCUGGAAACAUCUCGUUGCUAAACAAAGCAGGGCACUUUCAUCGAAUAUACAACAUGGGGGAUAAGUGCUUUUUAUUUUUUCUUCCAGAAUUCUAGCGCAUUUAAAAGUUAGUCAAUGCUUGGUUGAGAUGUUUCUGGAAAACCAAGCCCAGGUGACGAUGAUGUCAUUUUCAUGGUUCUUCCACAGACUGGCUGGCUGGAAACUAGUCACGACUGUUCCACUAAGGAAGGAGAUUUAUUUGGUUUAUUUAUUUAAAAAAUGUACAGUAUUUAAAAAGAAAAGAAAAAGGCUAAAACAAGAGAAGCUCUUUUUCUUGACACUAAAACAUGCGUUGGAAAAAUUGGACUACUGAGAGUUGUGACAUCCAAGUGUUUUUGUUGGGUCUACUACAGUAUGGUUUUUUUUUUUUUAAAGAUCAUUCUGGUUGGUUGAUGUGCAAUAUGUUUUGUAUGCAGGUAGUUCUUAAAUAAACUUGAUCUUCCAUGUAGAUCUAAAACUAAA